AUGGCAACGCCGACGCAGACAGAGUACCUAGCCGAGCCUUCCUCCACCGCAUAUGCCGAGGCGCCGUCCAGCCUCGCCAAGACGCGGUCGACGGCGGUAGUCAACAGCCGGGACACUGCCGACACCGCCGCGUCGCCCGGCAGCUUGAUUAUCGAGCUUGGCCGCGUCCGAAGCAGGCAGGUUGAGCCUGUCGAGGCCCGUCGCAGCCCUGAUCUUGGCGGCCUGCCGGAGGAGCGAGGUAGCCCUGCCCGGCUGCUACCGCAAGGUGUGCCGCCUGAGCUGCCCAAUCUCAUGGCCGAGGUCGUCUUUGUCCUGGUUUGCACGGCGGGACAGCUCAUCUUCUCCCUGACUCUGGGCCACAUCACCGUGAACCAGUUCGUCCUUCGAAAGGCGCUGGACAUUGCGCCUUCUCAGAUCCCCUGGCUGAUAGGCUCGUCCAGCCUGGCGAGCGGCCUCGGCGUCAUUGUAUUCGGUCCUCUGGCCGACCUGGCCCCUCCCAAGCCUCUCAUGGUGGCUGCCUUUCUCUGGGAGGCUGUUUGGAAUGCGGUGUCUGCCCUGGUCAUCUCGCCCAAGCUCAGGAUCUUCUUCUUCGUCUCCCGCGCGAUGCAGGGGCUGGCCGUUGGCGUGCUGGUGUCGGCAUCUAUGAGCAUCCUCGGGAGAGUGUACAACCCCGGUAGGCGAAAGACCCGCGUCUUCUCCAUGAUGGCGGCUGGUGCGCCUUUUGGAUUCUGGAUCGGAGCCAUGCAGGGGGGCGCUCUCAGUUCCCGUCUACCCUGGAUCUUUGGCAGCACGUCGCUAUUCCUCUGCGCCUGCGCCGUGGCUGCAUAUCUUACCAUUCCUCCUCUUGUACCUGCCAGAGAUGGCAAUUCGACGGAUGUGCCAUCGAUCAGGCAUUUCGACUAUAUUGGAGCGACGUUGGCAUCUCUUGGCAGUGGCUUGAUCCUGCUCGGGCUUACCCAAGGCUCAUCGGUACAAUGGAACCCGUACACCUAUUCCCUUGUCAUUGUAGGCCUCCUCAUGCUGGUUGCGUUUUACUACUCCUCGCCCUAUGUAAAACGACCACUCGUACCCAGAGGAGUGUGGAAAAUCCCUGGCUUCGUUCCUGUCUUGCUGGCUUACGUGUUCGGGUUUGGGGGCUAUGCUGGCGCUUGGCAAUUUUACGCCAUCCAAUUCUGGAUUCGAUACCAAGGAGCCUCGCCGCUCACGGUAGCGCUGUACCUUGUCCCCAAUGCUCUGGCUGGAGUUGCCGCCGUGUGGGUAGUAUCCAGAACACUGCACGUCGUCCCUGGUCACUGGAUCUUGGCGACAAGCAUGGUAUUCUUCGGAAUAGGAAAUGUUUUCUUCCUGCCGCAGAAGCCAAGCACCUCGUACUGGGCGCUGUCCAUGCCAGCCGUGGCGUUGGCAUCUCUGGGUCCUGAUUUGAGCUUUGCAGCGGCAACCAUUUUCAUCACCUCGAGCGUCCCGAGAUCGUACCAAGGCUCGGCCGGCAGCCUGUUAGUCACUGUGCAGAAUUUGACACUAGCCAUGACGACGUCAGUCUCGGACUCUAUAGGGAUCAAGGUUGAUCAGCUGCCGUCCGGGGAGAUUGGGUUGGAGGGGAUGCGCGCCAUUUGGUGGUUCGGCUUGGCCCUAUCGCUUAUAGCAGCCCUGAUUGCGGCCAGUAUGGUCCGCAUCCCAAGAGCGGAGGAGAAGGAGCAUGUACAGUGA